AUGAGGCGAGCAGUAUGCGCUGCGAUUAUUGCGGCGUUCUUAUCGCUGCCUGGAACUGCUCGAGCGGGUCCGCAAACACAUCAGUACUUUACUACCAACGAUGCGCUGCUAUCACAACCUGACCCCUUCCGGCUGUAUGAGGACCGGCCAGAUGGAUGCCCACCCUGCUUCAACUGCAACCUUGACGACUUCGUCUGCUUACAGUAUGCCAAUUGCACGCGGAGUAGCGGCAAGUGUUCAUGCCCACCGGGCUUUGGUGGCGAAGACUGCGGAGCACCACUCUGCGGUUCGCUGGCGGACGGCAAGGACCGCUUACCGCGGGAAGGAGACCGAUGCGAAUGCAAGGAGGGAUGGGAGGGCAUCAAUUGCAACGUCUGCGCCACGGACGCCGCUUGCGGGCCGAUGAUGCCGGCAGGACAGGAGGAGGACGCUGUCUGCUACCGAGAGGGUUUGGUGGUGAACGAGAACUACCAAAUGUGCGACAUCACGAACCGCAAGAUCUUGGACCAGUUGAAAGAGAAGAAGCCGCAGGCAACGUUCAGUUGCAAUGCGCCGAGUAAGAGCUGUAACUUCCAAUUCUGGGUGGACGAGCAAGAGAGCUUUUAUUGCGGCCUAGAUGACUGUGGCUGGAAGGCUGAGGCCACGGAUACGAGCAACACUACGAGCUAUAGAUGUGAGACCGCACGAUGUCAAUGCGUGCCAGGGCGCUUUUUGUGUGGUUCGGAGAACAGCAUUGACAUCUCGGAUUUUCUGGAUCAGGAGAUCAAGGGCCCAGCUACAUUCAAGACGAUGCGGACAGAAGGUGGCGCCAAAGAGGACGGCUCGACAUUCUCAGAACCUGCUAUGAACGGCUUGAUCUCAAGCGUCUUUGGCGAUGAGAGUAUCACUUUGCAAUGUCAUAGCGGAGAAUGCUUGUACAAGACGGAAGUGCCUGGCUACGAGCGUCCAAUCAAGAAGAUCAACACGCCGCUCAUUGCUGGUGUUAUCGCUGGCUGUGCGCUGUUUGUUGUAGCGGUCAUACUACUCGUCUUCUUCCUAAGCCGAAGAAGCGCACAGCGAUACGGACCCAUCCAUCUUGGCGAUGACGAAGAAGAGGAGAACGCCAAGCUUAUGGCUGAUCACAAGCCUGCGGCACUGUACUUCGAGAACAUCUCGUACAACCUCAAGGGCAAGCAGAUCUUGUCAGGCGUUCAAGGUUCAGUGCAUCCCGGCGAGCUUCUUGCCAUCAUGGGCGCUUCCGGCGCUGGCAAGACUUCUUUCCUGGACAUUCUUGCUCGCAAGAAGAAGCGCGGUCAUGUUUCGGGAGACUUCUGGCUGAAUGGCGAGAAGGUGACCGAUGAUGAGUUCCGAAGCGUGAUCGGCUUUGUGGAUCAGGAUGACACGAUGCUGCCCACUUUGACUGUGCACGAGACGAUCCUAGACUCUGCCCUGCUCCGGCUGCCGAAGGAGAUGAGUGUUGCGGCCAAGGUGCAGAAGGUUGAGGAUGUUGAGAGGCAGCUGGGCAUCUUCCAUAUCCGGCAUCAGGUCAUCGGCAGCGAAGAAGGUAACGGACGGGGCAUCUCCGGUGGCGAGAAGAGAAGAGUUGGCAUUGCUUGCGAGCUUGUCACCAGCCCGAGCAUACUCUUCCUGGACGAGCCGACUUCAGGUCUAGACGCCUACAAUGCGUUCAACGUCGUGGAGUGUUUGGUUACCCUUGUGAAAACAUACAACCGGACUGUCGUCUUCACGAUACACCAGCCACGGUCGAAUAUUGUUGCGCUCUUCGACCAGCUAAUACUGCUUGCGCAGGGUCGGGCGGUAUACAGCGGGCCGUUCGAGAAGUGCCAGAGCUACUUUGACAGUAUCGGCUACGCCUGUCCGCCAGGUUUCAACAUUGCCGACUAUCUUGUGGAUCUGACGAUGCACGCUAGUUCGCCUACGGAUGCAGAGGAUGAAGUGGAGGUCGUGUUUGGCGACGGCGGUGAUGGACGGACAACGCGGGCUAGCUCGACCAUGGCCGUCAAGAGCAUACCGAGCGUCAGCAACGUCAGCAUAGAGAACUCGAUCGGUUCCGGCCACGACGGUCCGCUACGACCGAAAGCGAAGCGAAAGACGAGCAUACGGCAGCAACAGGAGCGGGAGCUCUUCACACGGAAGAAGACGUCGGACAAUGCUAACGCACCUGCAAGCUUACGAAGCGAGGGUGACAGCGUACUAGGGGAUGACGAGCGACAUCAGCAAUGGGUCAAGCUCUCGAAACAGCAAGGCCAACCUCCACCACAGAUCACGGAUGAUCCGCAUAACCUUCCGCCUGCUGCCGGGACAGGCACGAAUCUUGACGUCCUAGUUCAGGCCUACAACGACUCCGACGUCGCUGCAAGCCUAAAAGACGACAUUCACCACGCCGCUGAAGCGAACGGCCAUCCGCCUGGACUUCCAAAUGGCGCGGCCACUACAGGCAAAGUGAAGGGCUACCGCAAACCCCGCAUCCACACUCAGUCCAUCAUCCUCUCCCGACGAACCUGGCGCAACCUCUACCGCAACCCCAUGCUCAUGCUGACACAUUACGCCAUCGCCAUACUGCUUGCGGUCUUCAUCGGCUUCCUCUUCUAUGGCCUCACAGACGACCUUCCGGGCUUCCAGAAUCGCCUGGGCUUCUUCUUCUUCAUGCUCGCCCUGUUCGGUUUCUCCACCCUUACCUCCUUGAACGUCUUCGCGCCGGAGCGACUACUCUUCGUCCGGGAACGCGCGAAGGGAUACUACCACCCCUUCGCUUACUACCUUAGCAAGGUCGUCUUCGACAUUGUGCCUUUGCGACUGCUGCCGCCGCUCAUCAUGGGUAUGAUCAUGUACCCCAUGACGGGUUUGGUACCUGCUUGGGCGGAGUUCUUCAAGUACAUCCUCUUCAUUGUUUUGUUUAACCUUGCGGCUGCCACGAUCUGCCUCUUCAUCGGCAUCUGCGUGAGGGAUCUGGGUGUGGCGAACUUGUUAGGUGUGCUUGUCAUGCUGUUCAGCCUGCUAUUUGGUGGAUUCUUGUUGAAUCAUGACACCAUACCUAAGCCGGUCACUUGGCUGCAGAACCUUUCAAUCUUCCAUUACGCCUUCGAAGGCCUGCUUGUCAACGAAGUGCGCUACUUGUCACUAGUGGACCACAAGUACGGAUUGGACAUCGAAGUUCCAGGCUCAGCCAUUCUGUCGAGCUUUGGCCUCAACGUGCUGGCUCUGUGGCAGGAUGCCAUUGGACUUGCCGUCUUCUGCGGCGCGUUUCUGAUUCUGGGAUAUUUAGCUCUGCAUAUACUGUUGGUGGAGAAACGGUAA